CAUUAGCCCUGGGCUUCCUACUUGGGCUUCCUCUCUGUCCUGUGACACAAAAGCACCAUGACUCUUACCCCAAAGCUGUUGCCGCUGCUGCUGCCCCUGCUGUGGGCAGGGCCCCUGGCUCAGCAUUCAGGAUUCUGGCUGAAAGUGCCGGGGACCAUGGAGGUGCAGGAGGGCCUGUGUGUGCAUGUGCCCUGCAGCUUCUCCUACCCCGAACGCGAAUACACUGACGGUGACCCAGCUUAUGGCUACUGGUUCCAGGAAGGGAGUGAUUACAGCCAGCAUGUUCUAGUGGCCACAAACAACCCAGAUCGAGAAGUGCAGGAGGAGACCCAGGGCCGAUUCCACCUCCUCGGGGGCCCCCGGGGCUACAACUGCUCCCUGGGCAUCAGAGAUGCACAGAGAAGGGACUCGGGGACAUACUUCUUCAGGGUGGAGAGAGGGCCUUAUGUGCAAUAUAAUUACAUACAAAACCAGCUCUCCGUGCGUGUGACGGCUCUGACACAGAUACCUGACAUCCACACCCAGGGGCCCCUAGAAUCUGACCACCCCAAGAACAUUACCUGUAGUGUGCCAUGGGCCUGUAAGAGGGGGACACCCCCGACCUUCUCCUGGAUCGGGGCCGCCCUCACCUCCAGGGGCUCCAAGACUCGCCACUCCUCCGUGCUCACCCUCACCCCGAGGCCCCAGGACCACGGCACCAACCUUACCUGUCGGGUGACCCUCCCCGGAGCUGGUGUGAGCACAGAGAGGACCAUCCAGCUCAACGUGUCCUAUGCACCCCAGAACCUGACCAUCAGUGUGUUCCGAAGAGAAGGCGCAGGACCUGAGGCUCUGGGCAACGGUUCGUCUCUCCCAGUCCAGGAGGGCCAGCCCCUGCACCUGGUCUGCACUGAGGACAGCAACCCUUCUGCUAGGGUGAGCUGGACCCGGGGUAGCCUGACCCUGCAGCCCUCACAACCCUCAAAUCCUGGGGUCCUGGAGUUGCCCCGGGUGGAACUAGGGGACCAUGGGAGAUACAUCUGCAGAGCUCAGCACCUGUUGGGGUCCCUGGAAGCGUCCCUGAGCCUCCUUGUGAAGAACCCCCCGAAGCUGUUUGCUCCCUCCUGCUCCUGGGAGGGUGAGGACUUGCACUGCCACUGCUCUGCUCAAUCCCAGCUGCCCCCCUCUCUGCGCUGGCGGCUGGGGGAGGGGCUGCUGGAGGGGAACCACAGCAACGCCUCCUGGACCAUCACCUCCAGCUCUGCGGGGCCCUGGGCCAACAGCUCCCUGAGCCUCAGAGGGCCGCUGGGCUCCAGCCUCAGACUCAGCUGUGAGGCCCGGAAUGCCCACGGAAAACAGAGCAUGGCUAUCCUGGUGCUGCCAGGUCAGGGAGGGAGACCAGGGUCCAGGACAGGUGUGAUUCAGGGGGCCAUCUGGGGAGCUGGAGUCACAGCCCUGCUUGCUCUCUGUCUCUGCCUUAUCGUCUUCUUCGCAGUGAAGACCUACAGGCAGAAAUCCAGCCAGAAAGCAUUGCGCAGGGAUGGCGUCCAUCCGGCCUUGAAGACAGUCUCCCAGACUCAAAGGCCAGCUCCAGUGCCUUUCCUUCAUUCCACUCAGGAUCACCUGAGCAAACCCCGGUCAGACAGCUUCUCAGACCCCUUGCCCCCAGCUGGGGCCACCUCCCCCUCUGAGAAGGAGCAGGAGCUCCACUACGCCAACCUCAGCUUUCACAGGCUGAAACCACAGAACUUUCAGGACCAGGAGACCACUGAGUAUGCAGAGAUCAAGAUCCAGAAAUGACGACCCCAACCCGCCCCCUGCCUCCAGGAGGGCCAGCUCUGACUGGAGCCUGGACAGGACAUCUCUGAAGAAAUGUAUGUCAGACUUUGAUUCCUUAGAAGUUGACAGCCCUCUGAGCCCAAGUUUAUAAAUGGGAAUGUGACGCUCCUUGGAAUGGCUGAAAGUCACAGAUUCCUGUGUUCAAACAUCAGGCAAGCCACUUCACCUCCCCCAUGCCUUCCUGUGUUCCUUCCUCUGUAAAAUGGGGGAUAAUAUUCAUCGGGCAUAUUGUCCAGUGGGAAAAAACGCAUCAUUGGCAUUGUUAAGUACAUCCUUAUGUGUUAAGUUUACCUCAGGAUGGAGGGAGAUAUCAACGUUUGAGCAUGUAUUA